UACGUCAAGCGCACUCCCUUGCGGGUUCAUCAUGACCCGCAGACGGGACGUAGCCGCAUCUCGCAGGAGAACCAUGGGAUUGCCUCGGACGGCCUAUUGCCAUUGCCUUUUUGAUGCAUCUUUUCAUUCUGCUGAUUGACCUCCAAGUCUGACCGACUGCCUCACACCUUUUGGGGUGUCAGCGACUCACCCUUUGCAUAGAGACCGCACGUGCCUGAGGACGGUACCUUUCCAAACCUGCCCCCAACAUCUCACCGGCAUUACGAGCUUACGAAGGAAAUAACUGGAACGACAUGUCGAGCGGAACAGGUCGAGCAGCGUAUCAUGGAGCGCACGCGUAUGGGCGCUCUCUAGCCGCUCGGUUUUGGCCGCUAGCAAUAAAAGGUUUGCUCUUUCCUUCCCUCUCUCUCUCUUUUUGGGGGGUUGAUGAUCGCGGCUUCCUUGAAGAAAGCCCACAUCAUCUUGCCCUCAUUAGCUACACACUUGAUCCUGAGACGAUCAUGGGGAAGUUUGCGCGGGCUGCGUUGAGCUCUGGCUGGAUCGCGAAUCGUGAAGCUGGAGUGGGAUGGAUGUGGAAGGAAGACAGGGAAGGACUUUGCCGCACGCGCGCGUGCUGUAAGAUAUUUUUUCGCCGCCGCCGCCGCUGCUGCUGCCGCGCGCCACGGGUGCGCGUGUUGCGUGCACGCCUUAUGCCUCCCGGCGCCACGGCACGAGCAAGCACGCCACGGCGUGGUGCACGCCGAGCUGCCAUGGAGCUUACGACUACGGUGAAUCUGAAUAGUUUGUCGGCAUUGACCGUCAUAAUCAGCGUUCAGGCCAUUCGACCUCCUCCAGCCUAGGCCUCGAUCAUCUGAACCAUGAAUUCACACUAGCACUCGUGCUGAGCGAGGCCACGCAGUGAAACCACCCCU